AUGUAUAGUGAGAUAGAGGGAAAUUACGAUGACGUCACCAUUAGCACCUUCAAGAGAGGCUUGCCGACAGAGCACGGUUUAAGGAAGUCCUUGACUGGGAAACCGGUCACCAGCGUGCGCCAGCUCAUGGAUCGAAUUAACAAGUACAAGAGGGUCAAGGAGGUCCAACAGACGGGAAAGGGCAAAGCGAAAGUUGUCCUUCAGGAGAGGAGGGACUUCAGGUCGGACCGAUUUGGCAACAAUAACGGGCCGAGAAGGGAUUACUCGAAGCAGUCUGGAUCCAUCGGGGCACAGGCAGUCCACGCUGAACUGGGGCACACCACUGAUGACUGCAGAAACCUGAAAAACCACUUGGACCGGCUGGUCCGAGAGGGAAAGCUGAGACAUCUCUUGCAUCAUCCCGUUGGACGACAAGAGCAGACGGGCGUCGAGGCAAGGCAAAGCACCUUGAGACCACCUAUUGGCACAAUAAAUGUCAUUUUUGCUGCUCUAGGAAGAACCGGCUCCCAUCCUUUCAGAGUGAUGUCGGUGGCCCGACUCCCCGUUGAAGCUGACGACCGUGAGUCUAAGAGGGCUAAAAGGAUGGCCUUGCCCAUACUCAGAUUCUCAGAUGAGGAUAAAGUUGGAACCAUCCAGCCCCACGACAAUGCUCCAGUCGUCACACUCAGGAUUGGGGGAUAUGACGUGAAGAGGGUGCUAGUUGAUCAGGGCAGUGUCGUGGAGGUAAUGUACCCCAACUUAUACAAGGGGCUGAAGCUGAGACCAGAAGACCUGACAGCAUAUGACUCCCCUUUGAUAAGUUUCGAAGGGAAAAUUGUUACUCCAAAAGGCCAGAUUAGGCUGCCUAUACAAACAGGCUCAGACAUAAUGGAAGUUGACUUCAUAGUGGUGGUCGUAUAUUCGCCCUACACCGCCAUAGUAGCCAGACUGUGGCUUCAUGCCCUAGGAGCUGCAUCCUUAACCUUACACUAA